CAUAUAUAUUUGAAUGUUGAAGAAUUGUGAUUAUUUGCCAAAAAAAAGUCAACUUACAUUUUAGAAAGUUCAACAUCAAAUAAUGUAACAGAGCAAGAGACAGCUAGGCAGCAAGAGGCUUGCUAGGAAUUCUGUGGACAUCAUGAUUAACAUGGACAAAUGUCCUGUGUAAAAAGUAUCUUAAUCUCAUUUUCCAGGAGAGGACUCAUGUCAUAUUGAAGAGGGUCUAAAAUGUGCAGGGGCCACACAGCUUGUAAGUGUGGCACAGCAAGGUUUUAGCUCAUACCUGCCAGGAGAAGGAGCCGCAUGCCUGAAAUUUCUGGUCCCACCUUCCUUGAUCCAGGAAUCUCUCAAAAAGGCUAGAAAGCUUAAGUGCUCUGGGAGGACAGGCAGACUACCUACCCAGAACAGGUCUGGAGACUCCCCUGGAACCACAGGGCCCCAGACUGGGGUUAGGAGCUUGAUGAUGGUGUCAGCCUAGGUUGCCUGUGGCACCUGGGCUGGUCUUGGAGUGUUGGUUGCUGAGCAGACACAAAGUAUCUCUCCCUACUGAGUAGAGGGACCCGGACCCUAGCCUGGAAAGAUUCUGUUUCCCUGACCUCAGAGGUCCCUUUGGAUCUCAGCCUAGUCCAGCUGAUCAGUAUUCUAGGAUACAGAUAACCUCUAAUGCAGUGUUUUUUCCUGGCAGCCUGGACUCUGAGGUCUAAUCCAGACCUGGUCAUAGAAGCCAGAGUGGUUGGGGACACCAGGCUCCAUUUCUCCAUCAGCCCUCAUUGUAACUCAAGUUCUAAGAACGGUUAUGGUUGGGUUAUUGCCCUCCCCUGGGCCCUUAACUCUGGCCCAGGGUCAGACCUAGUUAGGGGACCACUUUCCAAUCUCAGGCCAGACUUAUUCAGACCCAGGUGGGAGUGGCAGGGCAGUCAGUUCCUUUUCUACAUAACAAAGGGUGGGGCUGCUUCUCGGUGGGAGAGCCAUUCAGCACUUUGACAAGUCUUCCAAUCCACUAUACUGUCCUUUCAGCAAAUAAAAGCACAAGACACCAGGUGCAAUGCAAAUCAUAGGUAAAUAAUGGAUAAUAUUUUAGUGUAAGCAUGUCCCAAAUUCACUCCUGGUUAGUUGUCCAAUUUUAUUCUUCCAGCACAACUAAUUCUUCAACCAGCUAACAAAUCCACAUUCAGAUAGUGGACUACCUGUGUCUUGGAGAAGGCUCAGGAGAUUCGGGAGUGUAGGUACAUUCCUCCCAACCCAACUGAGUCCUGGCUGCCUUCAAACAUCAGGGCAGGACCCUGCAGCAAAUGGUUGAUGAUGUGAAAGAACUUUGGGUUGAGAAUUGAAAGACUUGACUAUGCGGGGAUUGAUCUUAAUUGUGUGGACUUGGGGAGGUUGCCCUUAGUCUUAGUCUCAAAAGACGGGGAGAGGGCCGACUUUCAACUCUAAUUCUCAGACAGCAAGAAAAGGAAAGGAUGGGGCUUGUCUCCUAUCGGUUGGUCCCAGACUUUCUGGACAGGGAAGCCUCCCUCCCUGCCCCACCCCUCAGUGGAAAUACUGGCUCUUGUCAGCCCCAGAAGUCCUCUGAGCACUGGGUCAGGAGUAUUGGGAGGCAAGACCCAGUCCCUAGAGAGCCCAAGUGUUGAUGGGCAUCUGAUUGUCUCAGGGUUUGGAUGCGGUAAAGAACAAGGCUCUCUCCAGCAGAGAAUGAGACCCACCACCCCCAUCUUCCCCAGGAUCCUCCUUCCACCUCACAGUAGGAAUUGAACUUAAGGUUUAGUUGAAUUUAGGACUUCACAUAUGCUAGGCAAGCACUCCACUACUGACCUACCUCCCCAGUUUCAACCUUUUAGAUUUAAUUGGUCAGACACCGUGCCUCAAGAUAGAGGUAUAUGCCUACCAGACAGCAGUGGACCAGCUGUUCUCAGUUCAGACAGUCUUUUGUGCCCUUUCUAGACAGCCCCUCCUCAGGGCUCAGGGGCUUGUCUGCAGCUGACUUCCCAGGGGGUCCCGGGUGUGACCUCUCUCCUUCCUCCCAGCCCCCUAUCCGACAGCCAGCUAUAAAAAAGGUCAGCCACAAUUUUCAGCAGUCCUAACCAAGACCUUCCUAGACACCUGAGGGGCACACACAUCCCAGGCUCCUUCAUCUAUUGAGCAGCACCAUGCGGUCCCUGUGGCUUUGCUGUGCAUUCUGGGUGCUGCCCUUGGUUGGCCCUGGGUUAGCCCUGACCGAGGAACAGGUCCGGACCAGAUUACUGCAGCAGCUGCAGCUCAGCCAGGCACCCGUCCUGGACAGGGAUGAUGUGGACGGGCUGACCAUCUCUGCUCAUGUCAGGGCCCAAUAUGUGGCCCUGCUGCAGCGCAGCCAUGCCAGCCACUCCCGAGGGAAAAGGUUCAGCCAAAACUUCCAAGAUGUGGCCGGCAGGUUCCUGGUGUCUGACACCUCCACGCACCUGUUGAUGUUCACCAUGGAGCAGCGGCUGCAGCCCAACAGCGAGCUGGUGCAGGCGGUGCUGCGGCUCUUCCAGGAGCCGGUUCCCAGGACCGCGCUCCGGAGGCACGACAGGCUGGCCCCGCACAGCGCCCGCGCCCGGGUCACCAUUGAGUGGCUGCGCGUCCGCGAGGACGGCUCCAACCGCACCUCCCUCAUCGACUCCAGGCUGGUGUCCAUCCACGAGAGCGGCUGGAAGGCCUUCGACGUGACGGAGGCGGUGAACUUCUGGCAGCAGCUGAACCGGCCGCGGCAGCCGCUGCUGCUGCAGGUGUCGGUGCAGAGGGAGCACCUGGGCCCCGGGGCCACCAGUGCGCACAAGCUGGUCCGCUUCGCGGCGCAGGGGACUUGGCGCGGCGAGGGUCCUGGCGAGCCACAGCUGGAGCUGCACACGCUGGACCUCAAGGACUACGGAGCUCAAGGCAAUUGUGAUCCUGAGGCACCAGUAACAGAAGGCAGCCGCUGCUGCCGCCAGGAGCUGUACUUGGAUCUGCAGGGGAUGAAAUGGGCUGAGAACUGGGUUCUGGAGCCCCCAGGGUUCCUGACCUAUGAGUGUGUGGGCAGCUGCCUGCAGCUACCAGAGUCCCUGAGUAUCAAGUGGCCGUUUCUGGGACCACGGCAGUGCAUCGCCUCUGAGACAGCCUCACUGCCCAUGAUCAUCAGCAUGAAGGAGGGUGGCAGGACCAGAGCACAGGUCAUCAGCCUGCCCAACAUGAGGGUGCAGAAGUGCAGCUGUGUCUCAGAUGGGGCGCCCAUACCUAGGGAGCUGGAACCAUAG